AUGUAUGUAGUUACACAUAAUGUGAUAUUCUUUUUAGAAGACGAGAUUGAUGACAGUUUGUCUUCAGAUGAAGACGAGAAUGAUGUUGAAGGUGUUGCUUCAAAUCCAGCAGCUGUGCCGUAUCCGAAAGACAGUGAGUGGACUGCAGUUGACACCUACCGACCUCUGCCUGUCAACACGACACCCAGGCAGAUACUAGUGGAUAUUGAUGAGUCGAGUUCUGUACUGGAUUGCAGUAAAGUGUUCCUUACUGACAGUGACGUAAAUGAACUCAAGAGACAGACAAAUUUGUAUGCAUCACAGACAAUACAGAAGAAAAGAAGAGGAAAUAAUCUGAAGCCCCAUUCAGUUUUGAGUUCGUGGAAGCCAGUGACUAUAAGUGAGAUGAGGCGUUUCUUGGGUAUUAUUUUCCACAUGUGUGUUUCGAAAAAGCCCAAAAUUGCGGACCAUUGGAGCACUAAUCCUGUUCUUAGUUGUAACUUUUGUCCCCAUGUCAUGAGCCGUUUGCGUUUCACUCAGAUACUGUCAUGCUUGCAUCUUGUUGACAAUUCAAAUCAGAAAAAACCAGGCGAAGAUGGAUUUCAUCCACUUUACAAAGUUUUGCCAUAUUAUAAUAAUUUGAAGGAGCGAUGUAUCCAGGCAUAUCGUCCCUCAGAAAAAGUGACAAUUGAUGAAGGAAUUUGCCCAUUUCGAGGUCGUGUGAGUUUCCGUGUUUACAUGCAAAAUAAGCCUCAUAAGUAUGGACUGAAAGUAUAUGCUGUUGCUGAAGCCAGUAGUGGCUAUGUUGUAAAUUUUGAAGUUUAUGCUGGUAAGCAUAUUGUUGACAAUUCUUCGUCUGCGGUUAUUUUGCGAUUGUUGUCUGACAGCAGCUUGCUGAACAAAGGCCACACUGUGUAUUUAGAUCGAUUUUAUUCCAGUCCAGAGCUAUUUCAGCAACUGGCAGAGAAAGGCACUGGAGCUGUUGGUACUGUGAACAAAUCCAGGAAAGGAUUGCCUAAAGAUUUAGUAUCUGCUACGCUGAAAAAGGGCGAAAUGUCUUUUCGGCGUAAAGAUAAUGUAUUGGCAAUGAAGUGGAAAGAUAAGAGAGAUGUGUAUACAUUGUCUACAAGGCAUCAAGCAACAUUUGGUACGCAUACUAAGAGAAAUGGGUCUGUAGUAUUGAAACCACUUCAGGUACUUGAUUACAACCUCAAUAAAAUUGGAGUGGAUAUUGGAGACCAACGCCUGCAGUACAAUCCGUUCCAGCACAGAACUGUGAAAUGGUGGCGAAAAUUAUAUUUCCAUUUGCUGCUUAUGGGAGUAUCAAAUGCAUUUUGGCUGUACAAUGCAGUGCACAGGAAGAAAAUUACAAUAACAGACUUUAUAACAGUGCUUGCAGUUCAGCUUGUUGAAGACGACACACUUGAAUUCAUUCCAAGAAAUGAAGGAACUGUAGGUCGGCUAACAAAGAGACAUUUUUUGCAGCACAUACCUGCAACUACUAAGAAGUAUGCUGCUCGUGUGUGUCACGUGUGCAGUUCCAGGAGCAAGAAACAGAGUGGCAAGGCUUCUCGCAAAGAGACACGAUACGAAUGUGAACAGUGUGGCGUUGCACUCUGCCUGGAACCUUGCUUUAAAAUUUUCCACACUAAAAAACAAUAUGAUUCUGUGUGA